AUGGGACAUUUUCUGAACAAGAAAAAGGAAGAAUCUUUCUUCAACAAUCUCACAGAUGAACUGCUGAUUGAAAUCCUCAGUAGACUACCAACCAGCAAAACAAUCCGAUGUAAAUUGGUUUGCAAACGCUGGUUUUCCCUUAUCUCCUCUGAUUACUUCGUAACUCACCAUCUGAAGGACGACAAAACACUCCUCCCUUUUACUUUCGUUUUAAAUGCAAAAGAUAAUUAUCGAUAUGUGUUAAAAUUUCUCUCUGGAAAUGGUUUAUCAGAUCGUGUGGAUUUAGGGUUUCUCUAUACAGGUCGGCCUCUUGGUUAUCGAAUUAGUUUAAAAGAAUCCUACGGUGACUUAAUUUUAUGCUCCGGAAAGCCGUCAUCUGGUAUUGAUUUUUUUAUAUGUAAUAUUUUUACUAAGCAAUGGAUUGUGCUUCCUCCUGCUCCUUUAGAAACGUCACAUUUUAAAGAAAAUGAAGGUGUUGGUUUCUUGAUUGAGCCUAAUUAUUUCGAGUAUCUUGUCUUGCGAUUUAUUCCUUUGGGUGAUUUCAAGUUUAAUAUCCAGAUGUUUUCGUCUGAGCAAGGAAAGUGGAACAAAUUGGUUGUUACAUCUCCGCGGAAUUUGAAUAUUUUAACCCGUAAGACUAGGAUUGUUGCCUGUGGAAGGAUGUUAUAUACAUUCACUUAUAAGAGAAGCGAUGUGGUUGAUUGUGUUCUCGCGUUUGAUCCAUUCACUAAUGAUCCUGCUCGAUUUCUAUGCGUUAUUGAUUUCCCACCUGAGGCUCGUGAAAUUCCUUGUCUGACUGGUAAAUUGGGGGUGUGUCAAGGUCACCUACGGUUUGCUCAACUAAUUCUGCAACCAAGUGGAUAUCCUUGUAUAAGUAUAUGGGAACUUGAGGAUGAUUACAGAAUGGGAAAUUGGACAUUGCUGCACAAGAGAAUCUCUACGCACGAAGCGUUAAGAGUUCCCAUACUUAAGCGCGAUACCAAAAACUCAGUUUCUGUACUAGCUUUUCACCCAUAUAAUAAGGAUCUUAUAUGUUUUCUUGUAGGUAAGGAUUGUGUUGUCGUGUACAAUAUACGAACGGGUGAAGUGGAAAGCUCUACCCGCCCUUCUCUAUUCAAGCAUAAGGAAUGGCCAAGAUCACUAGCAGCAGAUGUUGGGUCACGUUUGUUACCAAUUACCCAAAAUUGGUGGCCAACACCAUUCCAGUUUCUGCUUUCUGCUUCUUUCUCAGUUUCUGCUUUCUGCUUCUUUCUCAGUUUCUCUGCUUACAAUCUGUUGAAAACCCCUCAUUUUUAA